AGUUUGAUCAUUCACUCAACACAAGUCGUCCAUUAUGCCCUUUUACGAAUUGGUCUGCAUAGCUCGAAGCAAUCUUGUCAAGAAUAACUUGCAAGAUUUACUCAAAACUUCAGCCGUACAAGUCCUCGACAAGGGCGGUGUUGUUCGAGGCUUUGAAAACUGGGGAAGCAGAAUCCUCCCACACAGAAUUAAGAGACAUCAACAAUACUUCAACUCUGGACAUUACUGGUUGAUGCACUUCGACGCUAAUCCAGCAACAGUUCAGGAGUUGGGCAAGAAGCUUCGUGUCGACCCUCGCGUGUUGCGUCAUAACGUUAUAAAACUCGGUAGCAAGCUUGAAGAUGUUACUGCUCGCCCAGAAAAGACUUUUUAAACCAAAUGAAAUCACCCAUUCUCGCUAUCACCCUUAACCAGCCAGAUUGAAGACUGUAUAUAACAUUAUAGAAACGACACUGAUAUUAUUUGAUCAUUGAGAAUAAAAUAGUAAGCGCCUUUUGCAAUACCAAAAAAAAAAUUGGAU